AUGAAGGUGGUAGUUAAUAGUUUUGAAAAUGAAUUAGGUUUUGUAGGAUAUGAGUUGAUGUGGGGGUGUGGGGUAGAGAUCGUCGCUGUGAGCUUGACGGCGAUCUCCAACAGUGGGUGCGGCGUCGGAGUUGUGAAAAACUUUCUAAUUUCGAAACCUCAAACCCCUUCUCCCUCUUUCGCAUCCCUCUCUGACCUUCAGGAUACAGGAAAAUUUGGUGUUUCCAUGGCGACCAGGACUGUUGUGAGACAUGUAUCUCGUAGGUUCUCAAGCAGUGGCAAAGUGCUCAGUGAGGAGGAAAAAGCUGCAGAAAAUGUCUAUAUCAAGAAAAAGGAGCAGGAGAAGUUGGAGAAGCUUGCUCGCAAGAUCCCCAAACCUGAAGAAACAGCCACAGCAAGCUCAGGAGGCGCAGGAUCCAUAUCUGAAGCUAUACCAAGCAGCCAAACCUCUUCAACAUCUAAAGCGUCGACUGAUAAAUACAGAAACUAUGCUGUCUUAGCUGGUCUCUCUACUGCUUUUGCUGCUUUUGGAUGGUAUUAUGGGUCAAAGAAGAACAAAUCCGAAGAAGUGCACGACUGA